GGAGAUUGUGAGAGAAAAGAGAGAGGAAGAGAAGGGGACAAUCGAGACAGUCGAGGCGACCUCGUUGCUUGGAGGAACCUCUCGUACAGCCAGCGCAGUUCAUCGCCAGCUGCGACUCCGCAGCCUGCAAGACGCGAGAGGAGAAAAGCGGAAAAAGAUAUCGGGGCAAUCGCGAGGGAAAAGCAUUCAUCGAGGACGAAGAAGCGAGGGCAGGGAAAUGUUGCGUGUCUCUGCCCCGUGAAGUCAGUGUGCUGUAGCCCGUGAAACAAACUGAGGGUAUCCAGUGAGGUUUUCGUACUCACGAGUGCUGGAUCUCCGUCUUAUCGAUUGCGAGAAGUCGAAAGACACCCGAGUGUUGUGCACAUGCGUUUCACUGGGCGUGUCCGCUCUAUGCGACUUAAAACCUCAUUUGAUUUGUCACCGAUUCGUCUUCCUCCUCCCUCUCGGUUCGAGGGCUCGCUCUGCUUCAGCGUGAGGCCUGAGGGAACUCCUUGGUUCCGCACUCACUUGAGAAGAGCACUCGAAGAGCAGUCUGCCGUUCUGUCGUUUUCAAAAGAAGAGCUGUGGCGCUUCGCCGCCCUUCCUCUGCAGUCCUGCGCUCUGCAGGCAGCGACAACACAAACGGUGUUCUCGUCUCCACGACGGAGCAUCCCGUGGCUGCCUCCUCACCCGUAAAAAUUCAGUUAGACUGCUCACACACUCAAGAAGAAGGGAGUUCACUCGCCUAGAGCGGCUGUCCAUCAUCGGCUGCGAGUCGACUAGGUAGACCCCGUGGAAGUCUAGGCAUUGUCUGUACGGAUCUCUGUAUGUCGGCGGCUUUGGGUGGCUUGUGUGUACGUCGACGAUGAACCUAGUGAGGGCGAACGCGCAAGCGACGAAAGUUUCGUGGAUCGUUCAGAGCCUGCCUUUCAGUGACUGGGUUUGAGUUCGCGAACCAUCAUGGGGUGUACAGAGUCGAAGGCGAAGGAACCGCGAGGCUGCCGGCGGCAAGACUCUAUAACAGCUCCGGAGAAGCACGUACCUGCGCCGUUCUGUCUGCCUUUCUCUCCUCAAGACUUUUACACCGGCGCAGAACUUCUUUCGACCGAAGCAGACAUCGGAGACGCCAUCCUCGAUCACCAGCUGUGCAUUGUGGGCCGUUGCGUAAAUGUCAGUGACGGCGACUCCAUUCGAGUGAGACACAUUCCGAAAGGGCACACGCUGUACCCUUUGCGUGCGCCUCGGAAGCGGGGAGAAACGCGGGAGCCGGUGCGAGAGCCGAGCGACGAGGAAGACCCGAGCAAAUGCUGGAAAGGGAAGCUAACCGAGAACACGAUUCGCAUUCGCCUCUACGGAAUCGACGCGCCUGAAACGGCCAAGUUCGGAAACCCUGGACAGCCGUUUGCCCAGGAAGCUAAACACUUCGUUACCCAGCGGCUGCUGCACAAAGUUGUGUACGUGAAAUGCCUGGCCAAAGACCAGUACGGCCGCCUGCUCGCUCGCGUGUUGAUUCCUCGUCCCGACGGCCUCAGUCACGCGCUCUUUCGAGGUGUCAGUGACGCCAAAGAGGGCGAGGUGCGAGAGCCAUGCGACGAGAAAGUGGACGACAGAGACCGGUUCAUCAUCUGUCUGAUGCGCAUCAUGCUUUGCCGCCCGGUGAAAGGCGUGAGGCAAUCCAAGAAAGACCCUGUGCAAGGUGCCCCCUCGUGGUGGUGCGACGAUGUGUGCGAAGAACUCCUGAUGGAGGGUCUGGCGUGUCUCUACAGAGGCCGAGGGGCAGACUACUGUGACCAGCGUCCGUUGUUGGCGAAUUUGGAGUCGAGGGCAAAAGAGCAGAAGCUCGGCUUGUGGAGCGCAGAAGACGGGGAGUUGCAGUUGCCGGGGGAGUACAAGAAGUCGACUCGUGCCGGACUUCUGGCGCCUGAAGCCGACAACGACGCAUGUUCCAACCGCCGAGGCAGUCGGUCCCGGCGCAGGAAGUCUAGAUCGCGUUCCCCCUCCCCUGCAGGCAGCGCUGCAGAUGCAGAGUGCUUCACAAAAAAUGCUGGAGAAAACGGGAGAGAAGACACACGACAAGCCGGGCCAAAGGAAGCAGAGGAGCCAGUCGCGGAGAUCCGGCCCAAAAGUCGUCGGGGAGGCAGAGGCGGCCGCAGCCGCAGCAAAUCUCGAAACCGCGGGGAGAAAAAGGACGAAGAGCGCGACGAAGAAGCCGACUUCGAAUGUACUGCGCAGCAACACGGGAGAAAAAAGAAACGCAACAGGAAACGGCGGGCGUCCGCAGAGCCCUCAGAAUACGUAGAAAGCUCGUAACUUAGGCUUGGGGCAAACACAGACACACGAGUCAAAGACGGCUUCCAAUACGAAGGAUAUACAGUUUAGAAAAAGUAGUGCAUAGGCGCGCAGGAAUCAUACUAGAGAGAGGAUGUGUAUCAGGGUCCGACACUUGAAGUCGACCUGCCUCUUCGUGCGAGUUUUUAUGCGGAUAAUGCAAAUCUGGCCGCUUCCCAGAUGGACUGCCGUUUUUCGUGCGGCGAUCUUGGAGGGCGCAGUUCCUUCUGUCCGUGUAGUAAAUACGAGGUUGGUAAAACAGGGCAUCUGUCUCUCUCAGGGUAGGGUAUGCGAAUUCCGAUCUCGUUUCGUGUGGACUUUUAGAGGGUGCCAUUUGGCAGAGCUGGCAGAGUGCAGCCAGCGAAUUCGUGGCGAUUUUUAACAGGAAUGCGUUGCUGGCAUUCCUUCACUCAUCUUCGGUGCAACAGUUCCCUGUAGAGUCCUUACAACAGAGACAAAUGGGCCUCGACGCCAUUUUCCGUUGCUCCGAUUUUCGCCUCGCUAUCCAGGCGAAGGGAACUUGUUCCCUGUGUUCUCUGUCGCGCCCGAGCUGUUCCCCAUUUCUCACAGGACUCACCGUUACGGCUGUCUCGUUACAGGGUGCCUGGAUGGUAUUUUCUAGCUCGUGUGCGGUAUUGGAGGAAAUUCCGUACAAAACGCUUUACUGCAGAACUCAUCCAGUGGCGUGUGCUACUCAUCAACAAAUGAGGAAAAGGUCAACACUUUAAGCAAGGUGUUCUGGUCUCUGGAGGGUUCGUUGCCUCACGUUUUCCGGAGCUGGAAGUCUUGCGGGAGCGCGCAGAACGGCUUUGCAGAAAUCGUGCGUUCCCCGUUACAUUUCGUUUUGCGCAUGCUCGACUGAAAGGCUUACAGAAAAAGGGUUUGUGUGCGUCACGAGCGAAGUUGCUGCGAUCUGUCGCUUGUCGAGGCUACAGGAAAGUCUAAUGGAAACGAAUUACGCGUGAAAAAACGAGGUUUUUUCUGAUAGCUCAAAACGUGUGCAUGGUCUUACCAUACCGCACACACAGUGUCGCGGACCCUGGUCCGCUUCCCGUGAACGUUUUCUGGAUGUACGAUUUAUCUUAUAUUCCCGGUUUGCGAUUUGCGCAUGACAAACGCGGCUUCCGAGAACCACCGCCUUGGCAACUACAUCAGUCUUGUUAAUCUUUGUUCCGUC